AUGAAGCCCUGGCUUCUUACGCUUCUAAUAUUUUGCGUGGUGCGGUACGCGGAAUGCGAAGAUAGCAGCGCUAAAGCCGAACUCGACGAACUUAUCGAGUCGCUCGAACAGGAGCGCGCACAGCCCAAGGCUGAACCGGCUGAUCUCGAGGAUAUGGGAGAGUUUGCCGAUCUAGAAAAAGCCCUGGAAGGUGAGGCCGGCGCUGGGGACCAGGAAUACGCCAAGGAACUAUUGACGGCCAUCAAAUCGGUGAGGCAACGCUACGAUGAACUGAAAGAAAAAUGGGACAGUGCUGUGGAGGGAAAAGUGGCGGAAGCAGGCCAAGAUGGCCCUAAACUUGAGGGGCUUGAAGCCAUGGCCAAGCUCGAAGCUACUACGGGAACACCGCCUAAAAACGAGCCCAAACCCGUGCAGCUGCCAUUGAGCCGAGCAAAAGCAUUGGGCGCCCAGACGGUCUACCAAAAUCCAAUCGCUCCCCCGAGCGGAUGGGCCGAUUUCGAGAACGAUGCGGCCUUUGAGGAGAUCUCUGCCCCGGAUUCGAUGGUGCCGGAAACGACGCCGCCAACGACGACGACGCCUGUCACGAUUGCCUGGAAGCCCAAGACCCAACCACUCCCCCCUCGCGCUCCGGUCACCCUCAGCCCCUCAGGACCCACGCCACCCGCACCAAUUGACCCGAUCCAGGCCCAACAUCUGAACAGCCCGGCAGCGAUUGACGCCGAGAUCACGGCGCUGAUGGACCUGUGGGAACGGGGGCCGAUGAGUGAGCGAUUGCGCGCCGCGGAUGAUCAGAGGAUUGAGAAGCUACUCGGCCGAAAAGACCUGGAUCAACACGCCAAGCACAUCCUCUUUGGAAAACGCCGUCUUCGAAGACUUCUAAUCCUGUCCCGCCUCUUCGAGGAUCGAUCCCGAAUUCUGGUGCUCGUAGAAGCACAGCGGAAGAAGCUGCAGCAGACGCUGAAAGCUGCUCAGAAUCGCGUGCCGAAGAAUGCUGAUCCGCAUGGCCUGCAAGCCCGCCAAGUGUCCCGCUCCCGGGUCCAAACCCCGCCCAACCAAGCCUUCGAGACCAAGUGGCCGGCGGUCAGGGAGACGUUUGUGCCUCCAACGUUUGACCCGGCCACCGAUACACUGGAUACGGCUGUUGAGCGUGGAUUUGUGGAAACCGACCCAGAAUUCGCGGGACGGCGUCCACGCAGAAAAUUCCCCCGUAGAGGUGGAGAUUCGGUGUCGCCGCUGCUCGCCCGACUUCUGCCUGUGCACAACCGGAGGAAUAUUGAUGAGGGCCAAGCCAAAAUCAUCAACCUAAACUGGGACGAGCCGCUGAAAAAGCCGAUCGCCCCGCCUCGUAUGGGCCACCCGACCCCACAAGUGCAGCGGACGAAGAAGCCGGCCACUAUCACCACAACGACGGCAAAGCCAUGGCGCGGCGAGUCAAGGGAGAAGUAUUCGACUAGUGAGAGUGGAUCCAGUGAGGUUCACCUCAGCGCCAGCCGUGAGCUCGACACAAGGAGUGCCAAGCCCGACCGUGCCGAGACGCUGGAAAUGUGCACGCAGAUCGAGUGCGAUUUUGAGAAAGGAGAUCUCUGCAAAUGGGAGUCAUCCUCUGAUGAGGUCGAAGGAUUUUUGAGACGUCACAAGCGCUCUGGUGACUUUUCGGUCCGUGCCUGGAGUAAUGUGGCCGGAAGGCCGGAUCGAGCGAAGGCGAUGGAGAGGAAUGCCGUCUUCACGUCGGUGAACACACAUUUCGCGGCGGCGUAUGUUAACGGAAGUGAGGUGGCCACGCUGACGACACAGCUAUCGCAUCGGAUGCCGGUGGUGGUUAGGUUUACGGCAUGGGAGGCUACUCGAGAGGUUCGACUCCGCAUGUGCUGCGACGACUUCUGCCCGUUCUCCACCGAGGAGGGCGUGAAACGUGGCCACCGUAAGUGGCUGGCCCACACCGUCAAAUGCCCCGCAGGCACAAAACAGAUCACAUUCGAGUGCGUGAACACGGGCGAGUGGUCGGGCAAGUGCGGGCUCGACUCGAUCUAUUUUUCAAACCCGGUGUGCCCGGAUUUGUUGCCGUACACCGAGGAUGAGGAA